UUCUCUUUGUACUGAGAGAAGAGUUGAGGCCGGCUCUGCUGCUGUCUGUCUUUUUUAUAUAAGCGGAGUUUGCAUGCUGUAAAUAGCCCAAUAAGCCGGUUACACUUUACGUUUCGCCGUCCCCGUCGGUCCCGUGUGUUUUGUCCACUGCCAGAGUCCCUCUGAGCGAUUUUGGACAACAAAAGCAGCAGGUCCAAACGUUGUUUCUUCGGGGGAGUCGCACAUUUCUCAGCCGGCGGAUUUUUUCAGUGCGGAAAAGCGAGCAGCCGCGCGUCCACAGACCGCUUCGCCUCCUCUCCGUCGCCCCUUUCACCACUUCCACACCUCCGGGGGGCGAUUUUCUUUCUUCCCCCAAAACCGAGCGACCAUGGCUGCUGUAACGAGCCCGGAGACGAGCCCUCAACCCCGGGUGUAUUUCCAGACGCCGGCCGGCACCACGGAGGAACCGGAGACACCCGUUCGGAAGCAGGGACGCGUAACCGUCAAAUACGACCGCAAGGAGCUGAGGAAGAGACUGAACCUGGAGGAGUGGAUUAUCGACCAGCUAACGGACCUCUACGACUGUGAGGAGGAGGCCAUCCCAGAGCUGGAAAUCGACGUGGAUGAGCUGCUGGAUAUGCCGAGUGACGUCGAACGGGCAGCCAGGGUCAAGGACUUACUGGUCGACUGUUUUAAACCCACUGAAGACUUCAUCUCAGAGCUGCUCGACAAGAUUCGAGGGAUGCAGAAGCUCUCCACGCCUCAGAAGAAAUGAUGGCUCCUCCUUCUCUUCUUCCCCUCCACCUCAGCCCUCUCCCCUCGUCUUCCUACCGCGCUUUCCAUCCUUUUGUUUUGAUGUCAGUCUUCUUCGAUUGAAGAUCGUCAUUGAAAUCUUCUAACUGAACCUUGUCGUUAGGCCCCCUUUUCCAUCUCUUUUGCUCUUUCUGCCUGGAUCCAGCCCCAUAAAUCGCUUUUAUUUUUCAUUUUUUUGUGACCUUGCCUUGUGGUUUGAUGGACUUCCUUCUUAAAAACCAUCAGCAAAGAAGUGGAAGUAAAGAAUUCAUAAUAUCCAGGCCCAAACAACAGCAACAACAGGCGAUUCAUUGGUCUUAAUCCAGGCACACUUCCUUCUCCUUUUCACUCCUGCUCCUCCUUCACCCUUUGUUUGGCUUCACUCAUCUUCCUCAUCCAACUCUUCUUCCUCCCACCCUUGCUCACACCACCCUCCAUCUGUCUGAGGAGGAAGCGAAGAGGAGCUGAGAUGAGACUAGCCCCAUAAUUACGGAGAGCGGAGCGGCCGAGAGUGGGAAGAGGAACAAGAGAGAGAGUCUGCAACAGCCAAGAAGAGAGUGGAAGGAGGAAGCAGCCAAUCAGCUUGAAGCAGGGCCUAAUCAUUGCUUAUGUCUCGACCAAUGAGAGUCCUUAUUUUGUUAUUUGUAAGGGGUAUAAAGUUGUAAGUGAUCCAGCUAGCAACCAUGACUCUCUUGAUAUUUUCUAGUUCAGUCUGAGGGCACGGAAGUAUUCACUUGACUUUAGUUUUUUAAUUUUAAACUUUUUUUUCGGGGGAUCCGUACAGUCUUUUCAGAUCAUUUCCCCCCUGUAAUCAGAGGCAUUUGCUUCAGUGGUGCAUUUAAAGACUGUCGUUUUUUUGUGUGUGUGCGUGUGUAUCUCUUGAGAAAUCUGCACUAUGUCAUUUGGGAAGAAAGUCUGAACUUAUGACCACAAAGAAUAAUGUAUGGUGUGUCGAGGAAAAUUUGAUCCCUGGAAAUAGUGGAACUUUAAAAUAAGUCACUGGUUGGCUGUGGUGGUCAUUCGGUCCUACUCAUUUUAGGCUAAAAGUCUUCCCAUAAGGCUAGAGUAGAAGUAGGUUCUCUUAGGUCGGGUGUGCAGGAAUAGAAAUUCUUGAAAAAAAGAAAACGGAAAAAAAAGAGCUAAGUGUGUGUUUCCUUUCCUCAGAUGUGUGGUGCAGUCGUAAGAGGGGCUCUUUAGAAGCCACUGCUGUCCAGCCUGCACAUACAUAUGUACGUCUGUGUGUUGCUAAAUGCUACGUGUGUGUGUGUGUUGCUACAUAAUGUACAGCAACAUUCAUAAUAGGAGUGUUUUUUUCUGGCCUGUAUAUUCUGCUGUUCUGUACGACAAAUUAGAUUUUUAGUAUAGGACUGGUUCCUGUUUUGGGGUUUUUUGGGGUGUUUUUUUUCUGGAUGCAUUUUGUCACACACACACACUGACAGUCCGACAGGGGGACCCAGAACAAAGCUGCCUUGUUUGUUUGUUUUUUUAAUCACAAUCCCGCUGUUUCUUUCUUAUUGUCUCUUUUUAUCUUAGAAUUGAUUUAGUCCACCCCGUCAGUUCAGAGCUGUCACACCUACAGGGAAACUCUGAAAAUGGCCAUGUUGGUGUAGAGACUUUGUACUGUCCUCUGCCUGACAGUAGACCCACCAAUGAGACGUCUGAAUGGGAGGGAUGGAGGGAGGGAGGCCACUGUCUUACAUUGAAGCUGUCUAAAUGCAUUCACCCUUCUUUUUCCCCCCUUUCUCUGAAUCACACACACGCCACCCUUGGGGCGGAAGAAGCGGAAACACAUUAGCAAACACAGCUGCCUCUCACACAGAUGUACACACACACACACACACACACACACACACACACACACACACACACACACACACACACAACAAAGCGCUGAGAGUGAAAGAGAGAGAAAGACAGGUCCAUAGCUGUCACAAGAUCUGUGCGUUUCCCUGCUGCAGCUGCCAAUCAUCUCCAAGAAUAAGCCAUCUGUUUCUGAUCCUGAGCCAAUCAGAUCAGAGACCGAAGCUCAUCGGCCAAUUGGAGAAGUGGUAGCGUUUCGCUGUGAUUCCUGUGGCCAAUUGCUGACACCUGCGGUGACAGCAGACCUCCACUGGCUGUCUCUUUCUCUCUCUGCGCCAACACACACACACACGCACACACAAUGGCCCAUUUUCAUCUUGCUGCUCUGUCAUUUCUCCCUGGCAUCCUCUCCCUCCACCUCCUCCCACCCAUUUUCAUCCCUCUGUCCACCCUCCCCUCUCUCCUUUCUUCAGUUUCCUUUCCUUGUUUUUAAAAAACAGAUGUUGCCUUAGGUAUUAUUUAUGUUAUACAAACCAAAUAAACGGGAGACAUUCAUUUUUUUUAAAAGGUAACGCAAACUGCUAAAGAUGUGCGUUACUGAGCAGAACUGCGGCAUGUGGAGAAUCUUGAUCUUCUGUCGCUCAGUUUCUUUUCCUUUUUUUUAAAAAAAACAAUUAUUAACAAUGAGAUUCUGUUGGGUUUUUUUUUUUUUUUUUUUUAGAAGUGAGUGUUUAAUACUUAGGCCUUGAUACAGUGAUUUUAUUUAGAUAAAACAAUGUUCUUUACAUUCACCAUUUGAAUACUGCUCUGUUUUUAUUGUGACCAUGACACUUCUUGAUGCCAGGCCUUGGAUUAACAUGUAGUCGAACAAAAAUCCAUUCAGAUACAUUUUGGUGCGAUUGUUUUUGCCUUCCUUGUGUGGUUUCCAAAUGAAGCACGAUCUGCAUUUCUUUGGAGACGUUCUGAUUGGUCGGAUUGUAGGCAAGCUCAAUUAGUAGCUGAAUUUGAGUGGAUUUUCAUUUCUAAAUCCAGGUUUGGAUUAUACCUUCUUAGACUGUUAUUGAGAAGUCUGUUUUUUUACUGUUGGGGAAAAUUGCAAAAAAAAUAUAUAUAUACUGAUUAUUAUGAUUGAGGCUAAUUACAAGAGCUAAAUCAUGUGAAUUGGAAGAGUGGAAGUGUUUUUGGACAAUGAUUAGAUCAAACCAACAAACAAAUGUAGCAAUAUCAACAACAGGUCUUGUUUUUGCCCAAUUUUGUUACACUUUUAUGCAACUUUAAUAAAAACAUGUGAAAUGGA